UGCCUAGUUUUAUGACCUGUUAACCGCCAAUUGAGGAUUGCCGCGAAAGAGGGGAAGGGUUUUCCGCUGUGUGUCUGAAUUGCCUCACAACUCAAGGAGUCGCUCUGAUGAAGUCUAAGCCUUCAACUAAAAAAGAGUACGUGGCUUAUUCAAUAUAAUACUCCGUAUGUGGAAUCUUUUCCAAUAGCAUAUGGUGUCAAAUUGUGAAGAUCAUAUACGACUGCAUCAGAAAAUUCAGUGGCUGGAUCGGAAAAUUACCUGCUCUGACAAUGGUGUUGUUGUCCCGCGCUUCAAAUCACUGCAACGUCUCUCAUACACCAAAAAAAGAUGAAGAUGAGAAUACCAGUAAUUUGAAGAAGGAGCUGGCCAAAUUGUUUGGUGUUUCACUUUGCCAAACGUUACUGCCGCUACAUACUCAGCUCAAUAUUGAGCCACAGAUUAAGUUGACCAAGCCAAUGUUUGGUGAUUACAAGUGUGAAAUUGCCAACGUUAUCUUCGCUGAACUGAAAGGAAAAUGUAGCCAUUAUCAGAACCCUCUAGCUGUGGGAGAGGCCAUCAAGAGAAAUCUUCCCUUUUCUGAAAUCUUAGAGUCAUCCUCAGUCGCUGCAAAUGGGUUUGUGAAUGUUGUUUUGUCAAAGAAAUGGAUUGCUGAGAACAUUCAAAGGAUGCUUGUCAAUGGCAUUGAAACUUGGGCACCUACUCUUUCAAUCAAAAGGGUUCUUGUAGAUUUUUCAUCACCCAAUAUUGCAAAAGAAUUGCAUGUUGGCCAUUUAAGAUCCACCAUAAUUGGUGACACAAUAGCUCGCAUGCUAGAAUUUUCGAACGUUGAAGUUCUUCGCAUAAAUCAUGUUGGUGACUGGGGGACACAGUUUGGUAUGUUGAUCGAAUAUCUCUUUGAAAUGUAUCCAAAUUUUGAAGAUGUUAAAGAAACUGCCAUUGGUGAUCUUCAGGCAUUCUAUAAAGUGUCGCAACAGAGGUUUCUCAAGGAUCCUGAAUUUACGAAGAGAGCACAAAAAGCAGUGGUUCGACUCCAGGGGGGAGAACCAAAGUACCGCCAGGCAUGGACACAAAUUUGUAAUAUCAGCAGGAAGGAGUUUGAUAAGGUGUAUCAACGCCUUGGUGUUCAGCUAGAGGAAAAGGGAGAAAGCUUUUACAAUCCAUAUAUUCCCCGGGUUAUAGAGGAACUUACCCAAAAAGGGUUAGUCAAAGAAAGUGAAGGAGCUCGUGUCAUAUCCAUUGAAGGCCUUGAGAAUCAUAUUGUUGUGAAGAGUGAUGGAGGUUACAAUUAUGCUUCUACUGAACUAGCUGCUCUUUGGUAUCGCUUGAAUGAGGAGAAAGUUGAUUGGAUUAUUUAUGUCACUGAUUCUUCCCAAGAGUCACAUUUCAUGCUGAUUUUCAAAGCUGCCAAACAUGCAGGCUGGCUCCCAUCUGCUGAUAAUUUGUUCCCUAAAGUUACUCAUGUUGGUUUUGGCGUAUAUAAAGGGGACAAUGGAAAGCCUAUGAAGACUCGUUCGACUGAUGUCAUUCUAUUAGCUGAUGUUCUUGAUGAGGCGAAGAAGCGUUGUAAAAGUGCACUUAUUGAGCGUGGUAAGGCUGUAGAGUGGACUGAUGAUCAGCUAAAUAAAACGGCUGAAGCAGUUGGCUAUGCUGCUGUUAAGUAUGCUGACCUAAAAGACAACAGAAAGACAGACCAUAUAUAUAACUUUGAUAAGAUGCUUAAUGAUAAGGGAGAUACUGCUGUUUACCUGCUGUAUGCGCAUGCUCGUAUAUGUUCAAUCAUCACUAAAUCUGGCAGAGACAUAGAUGAAUUGAAGAAGAAGGACACUCUAGUUUUGGAUCAUGCUGAUGAACGUGCCUUGGGGCUUCAUAUACUACGAUUUUCAGAGACUGUUGAAGAGGCAUGCAUGGACUUGUUCCCUAAUGUUCUAUGUCACUAUGUCUAUAAUUUAGCUAAUUACUUCUCCAGAUUUUACUCCAAUUGUCAGGUGGUUGGGUCAGCACAGGAAGCAAGCAGACUAUUGCUUUGUGAAGCAACGGCUGUGGUGAUGAGGAAGUGUUUUUUCUUCCUUGGGAUUGUUCCUGUUAACCAGCUAUGAUGUGCCGAUGACAUUGUUACCAAUAUAUCCUCUUUUUACUUCAAUUUCGCAUUGAAAAUGUAUGUAGUAAGAUACUACGUAGUAUACGUUUUUUUCUUGAGCCCCCCUUUCGUAUCCGACUUUGGUGGCUGCAGGGCCGUUUGGUUAGUCUCCUACUUCAUUUUUUACUUUGAAAUUUGGAGUGAUUCAAACUUUUCUUGUUUUUAGUUAAAUUUAAGGUUUAAUAAAUGUUUGAUUAUUAUAGUUUGAUCACUACUUUCAUUAUGUCCUCCAACUGUUUGUGAAGAUUGAAUAUUGGGAUUUUUUAAAUAAAAUUGUUCUGUUAUUCUUGUAGACUAAA